AUGCUUACAACGACAGACAGCAUUUAUUAUUUAUUCUUACAAGAUAAUAACGAAUAUGUUUCUCUAGAAGGAUCUAUAUAUAUCUAUAACUCUCUCUCUCUUUCUUCUCUCUUUCUCUCGCUUUGUCGUUUUUUUCUAUCUAUCUAUCUAUCUAUCUAUCUAUCUAUCUAUCUAUCUAUCUAUCUAUCUGUAAGUCCUUUUAUAUAUAUCUAUGGCAAUUCGUUUGAAUCUAAUUUAGAACAAUCAAUAUCUAUCUAUCUAUCUAUCUAUCUAUCUAUCUAUCUAACUAACCUAUUCAACAAUCAAAUCUAUCUAUCUAUCUAUCUAUCUAUCUAUCUAUCUAUCUAUCUAUCUAUCUAUCUAACCUAUUCAACAAUCAAUAUCUAUCUAUCUAUCUAUCUAUCUAUCUAUAUAUCGUAUUCUGUUAUCGUUUAUCUAUCUAUCUAUCUAUCUAUCUAUCUAUCUAUCUAUCUAUCUAUCUUUUCUUUUCUUGAAUAUGUGCCUAAUUUGCAGCCAUCAGUCAUUUUGCUUAGAGACGCCAUUUUCUUUUCUUCCUUCCUUCAGAUUGCGUUUUCUUUCAUUCAUGUAUACAUGUCUCUUUUUCUCUUUCCUCUUUUCCUUCUCUUUUUCUUUCUUUCUUCCUUCCUUUCUUUCUCAUCUUUUAUUCCAGUCUAUUUCUUUCUUCCUUUUUAUACAUUUCACUUUUCUCUUUGCCCUAUUCUACUCCUUCCUUUCUUUCUUUACUCCUUCAUUUCUUUCUUUACUCCUUCCUUUCUUUUUUUACUCCUUUCUUUCUUUCUUUCUUUCUUUCUUUCUUUCUUUCUUUCUAUUUUUCUUUCCGAUUUGAUAUAUGUUUUUGUAUAUUUAACUAUUAACCACAAUUUAUUCACAUCUAUCUAUCUAUCUAUCUAUCUAUCUAUCUAUCUAUCUAUCUAUCUAUCUCAGUCUGUUCAUAUCUAUACCAGUCUGUUUAUAUCUAUCUAUCUAUCUAUCUAUCUAUCUAUCUAUCUAUCUAUCUUUGUUCGUAUCUAUCUCAUUCUGUUCAUAUCUAUCUAUACAUCUGAAACAAUAUGGCUUCCAGGCGGAAUAUACCGGACAAUCUCCUUUUUCAAAGUCUCAGCUCGUGGGUCCGGCACUUCAAUUAAGAAAUACUUUCUCGAACUCCGCUCGAUACCACCGAAUAUCCAAUGUCCAGGACUCCAUUGGCCACGGUGA